GCUGCACCUGCAUCAAUAUGCUGGAUGGGGUUUUUGCAUUACUCCUGCCCUGGGAUCUUGAAUUACUUUAUGUAGUUUUGCUGCAGCAAGAGUGAGUGGCCUUGUUCCCUAUUCAGGCUAUGGUAUUUGGGGGUGAGGGCCAAAACUUGGCUGGCUCUGGCAGGAUCCAUGCACUAUACUCGGGUUUUUGUGACGCUCAUGCUUCUGAAUGCACCAGGAUCUAGACUUUUGCAGUGCAACGGGAGCAGCUGGGUCCACUCAUUCUCCCGCUAGGUUUCCGAAUACUUGUAAGGGCUUUCGGGACUAAAAUGUGCUUGGAUCCAGCAGAAACCUGGUGCCAGUUCCAGGUUUUUGCGAUGCUCGUGCUCCAGGAUACUCCGGGGCCCGGAUAUUUUCUGGUGCAGUCCAAGCCGAUAGACUUACUCGCUCUUUUGAUGCAGUAGUUUGGGCGCUUGGGGCCAAAGACCGUCAGGAAUCGGCGAGAUCCCUCGGGAUCCCCCUAGAUCCAGCUUUUCCCUCUCUCCCUCUCUGGGUUUGCAGGCAGAACGCUGGCACUUCACUGGCCGCGCGCGCUGCUCUUGAGAACGUUCCCCGGAUGCCGCGCGCUCCCUUCUCUGCAGGGGGAGGGGAGGGAGGCUGUGGUUCCCUCCAGGAGGAGGAUGUACGGGAGGGGACGCUUUGGACAGGGAGAGCAAUGAAGGAGCCAAGCAGAAAGCCAGAAAGAGUUCGGCUGAAAAGGAGAGGAGAGUUGUAGAGGCUCCAGCGAGAGCAAGAGUUUGCAUUCCCUCCCCCUCGUGCUCUCUUUGCAUUGCAAGCUCCCUGCUCUCCUUGUGCCUCAGUCCUGCCUGCCUUCCCUCUCAGCACCCCAAGAAGGAACAGCUCCUUUGCAGUUUGCAGCACUGCAUUAAAAGGAAGCAGUUCGGGUCACCCGGGGCAGCUGAAAGCAACAAAGCAGCAGCUUCCAGCACAAACUGAGCCCUUUGCAAAAACAAUCAUUAAGUCUUCCGCCCCCCCCCUUUUUUUUCUUUCUUUCUUUCUUUCUUUAUUAUUUUUUUUGCAAGUGCACUGUAAAAAAAACCUUCCACAACGUGUCGGCCUCAGAGGGAUCCGAACCAGGCAAAGCAGAAUGUACCAAGGACACAUGCAGGGGAAAGGCUCUAGGGCGGCAGAUAAGGCUGUUGCCAUGGUGAUGAAGGAGAUACCGAGGGAGGAGUCUGCAGAGGAAAAGCCCCUCCUUACUAUGACAUCACAGCUGGUGAAUGAGCAACAAGAAAGCAGACCCCUCUUGAGCCCCUCCAUUGAUGACUUUCUCUGUGAAACCAAACCAGAAGCCAUUGCCAGACCAGUAACAUCAAAUACAGCUGUAUUAUCAACCGGUCUGGAUCUCUUGGAUCUGAGUGAACCUGUCUUACAAACCCAAAGCAAGACAAAGAAGUCAGAGAAUGCAUCAAGAGGUGAAAACUUAAAGGCUUCAACCCACAGAAAGAAGACAGACAACUCAGACCUUAUAAACGUGGAUGCUGAGCAGAAGGUCCAGAUUGGGAGAGCGCCAGAGAAGUCAUCAUUAGAUUUAGUAAAUAUUCAGACACAGCUCGAGAAAUGGGAUGAAGUGAAGUUUCAUGGAGAGAGGAACGGCAAGGGUCAUUCAGCUACAGAACGAAAAUCUUCAUCAUCUAGAGCUCCAUCAAAAGAGCUUUUAUGGUCUACAGAGAACAGAUCGCAGUCUGAGCUGACUAGUGUCAAAAGUGCCUUGGAGUCCAAUUCAGCAUCAGAUUUAGAAUUAGUACCUGCAACACAGGCACGAUCAACCAAAGAGCAGCGUUGGGGAGGUUCACUCCUCUCCAGAAAUCAUUCCUUGGAGGAGGAAUUUGAAAGAGCAAAGGCAGCUGUUGAGUCAGACACAGAGUUUUGGGAUAAGAUGCAAGCUGAAUGGGAAGAAAUGGCUCAGAGAAACUGGAUUUCAGAGAACCAAGAAGCGCGUGGCCAAGUAACUGUCUCGACCAGUGAGAAGGGCUAUUAUUUUCAUACCGAAAACCCUUUCAGAGACUGGCCUGGUGCAUUUGAGGAAGGACUGAAAAAACUGAAAGAAGGAGACCUGCCCCUCACUAUCUUAUACAUGGAGGCUGCCAUUCUACAAGACCCCAGUGAUGCAGAGGCCUGGCAGUUUCUUGGUAUAACACAGGCAGAGAAUGAAAAUGAGCAGGGAGCUAUUGUCGCCCUCCAAAGGUGCUUGCAGCUACAGCCAAACAACUUAAAAGCUCUGAUGGCCUUGGCUGUGAGCUACACUAAUACUGGCCAUCAACAGGAAGCCUGUGAAGCUUUAAGAAACUGGAUAAAGCAAAACCCAAAAUACAAGUAUAUCAUGAAGAGCAAAAGAGGGUCUCCAGCACUUACCAGGAGAAAGUCUGAGCCAUCAAAAGAAAGUUCAUUACUCGAAGAAGUAAAGGAAGUGUACCUGGAGGCAGCUCACCAGAAUGGUGAGAUGAUAGACCCUGACUUGCAAACAGGACUUGGAGUGCUUUUCCAUCUGAACAGAGAAUUUAACAGAGCAAUAGACGCAUUUAAUGCUGCCUUAACUGUUCGGCCAGAGGACUAUUCAUUAUGGAACCGCCUUGGAGCAACCUUGGCAAAUGGGGAUCGAAGUGAGGAAGCUGUGGAGGCGUAUACUAGAGCUUUAGAAAUUCAGCCAGGCUUCAUUAGGUCCAGAUACAAUUUGGGAAUAAGCUGCAUCAACCUAGGAGCUUACAGAGAGGCUGUCAGCAAUUUUCUCACUGCUCUCAGUUUGCAAAGAAAAAGCAGGAAUCAACAGCAGGUUCCCCAGCCGGAAAUUUCAGGCAAUAUCUGGGCAGCUCUCAGAAUCGCUCUGUCUAUGAUGGACCAGCCAGAACUAUUUCAAGCCGCUAAUUUGGGUGAUCUGGAUGUUCUGUUAAGAGCUUUUAACCUAGAGCCAUAAAAAAACAAAAGCAGCCAAGUCACUAAGAUGUAUUAGGAAAUACAAAACUCUUUCGUUACCAGUUUCAAAAUGACCAAGGACACUUUCCAAAAGAGCGUGGGCCGUAGAACACUAGGGGAAGUUCUACCAGACAUCACCCAAUUCCUGGAAAUCUUCAAAAGCACAAAACUUUGUAAAUACUAUUGAACUCAAAUGAAGGAUUAAAAUGAACAGCAGCUAAUCUGACAAAGACCUGACCUAGAUGAAGCAGUCAUACCCGAAGAACCUUCAUCCCAUGCAAGAUAUGCAUAUAUAUACACUCACACCUAUACAGAGAAAAUAUAUUUAAGACAAAACCUAAUAAUCAUUGUUGCACAUUAGAGUGGGAAGCAGCACAUUGAAGGAACCUUAUUGCCCAGUGCACUAAAUUGACACCGCACGCCCCUACAAUGUGGAGUCCCUAUACUUUUGUUUGUUUGUUGGCCACUCUCUUCAAGGUCCUACUUCCACAUAGCUCUGACAGGAGGUACAUGUAUGGUAGACAUAUUUUGUGAUGAAUAGAUUCGCUGGCAAUCAAUAAGGGCUUUGUUUGUAAAGGUACCUUGAUUCAAUUUUAUUUUUGGACCUAAUUCACAGGCCCUCGGAGAUGGAAUUCAAGAGGAAUUCUGCACAUGGAGGAUUUACAGGGUUGGGCUCUUUCUUUACUAGAAGGAUGAGCUUUGUAAGCAGAAGCAGUAAUUUGCACUAGAAAUGUUGUUUGUACCAAUUACGGCCCCAAUCCUGCAAAGAGCAGGACUCUGCCUAUGUGGAGGUCCUGGUAGGUUUCAGGCCUGUGUAUGUGCAUAAGCACUUUAAUCUUUUUGUAAAUGUAUGCUAUGCUUUUAUUUAUUUUUAAAGUAGGAACAAAAGAUUUAAGGCGAUAUAAAUAUAUAUAUAGCCAUGUUGGCAUAAAGGACCAAAUAUAACUUCUUGACACUAGAUAGCUUUCCAAAUCCUAGUGUUAAAAAUGCAAAUAGGGUAUCAGUUAUAAUCUCAAGUGAAUAGAAUAUUUAUUAUGCACGUGCCAGUAGUUUCACACACACACAAAAAUACAGAUUCACUGGAGGUAAAUGUCA